GAUUUUAAAGUAACUAAUGAAUAAUUAUCUUUGAGUUGGAGAGUAAGUAUAAAAGUCAAAGUAAGUUGAUGUCUGAACGUAUUAACUUGGUGAACGAGCUAGGAUCUGCUAGAGCGUAUGGUUCAUAUAGUAAAGAUUCAUGUGGUAUGUAGUAAAUAGUCUCCUAUUGUACAUUUCGAUGUACAUUUUAACGUAGUUACUAGUUUAACAAGUCAAACGUAAAACAUUUUAGCCUAAUUACUAGACUAAAAAAAAGAAGUAUAAAGAUAGUUGAAGUAACUCCUAAUUCGAAAAAAGACGAAGUCCUGAAUCAGCUGUUUAACUUUAAUAAGUUCGAAAUCCAUGAAUGUAAGACGAUAAAUUGAAAGAAAUAACAAAAUUAUUAAUACCUUUUGAAACUACCUGUAUAUUUUACAUACGGGAAAUAUUAAAUAAUUUGUCUUCUACCGACCCAUUUCCCAUAAAAAAAAAUAUUUUCUAAGUACUCGAAUCUUGUAUAAUCGUUCAUAACGGAAAGAUUAUCUUCAAGAAUAAUGGAUGUAAAUUUUAUACGUUAUUUAUUUAUAUUUAAUUCUUGCCUUAUGACCAUUGUUGGAUUUAUUGUUAUUUAUGUUGAACCUUACUUACCUGUUUUAAUUACACGUACAUUUCACUAUGGUAAACAUGAAAUUAAAAUUCAUCAACCAUUAGUUGCAAAAGCCGAACUACCAAAAAGGUGGUUUAAACAUUUCUAUCUCUUUGCAACACCAGUUUCUACUUGUUCUCUUAUCCUAUUUUUCUAUAAAUAUUUUAUGAACGGUACAAUUCCUGAAAUAAUAUAUUGGUUAUUAGAUAUAUCACUUGGCAAAUCUAGAAAAGCAUUAAUAUCACCAGAAUGUGGAUAUUUAGCCAUAACACUUUUUACUUUUCAUUGUUGGAAAAGAUUAUACGAAACACAUUAUGUUACUGUUUUCUCUGAUAAAAAAAUGAAUAUCUCUCAUUACAUAGCUGGAUAUAUACAUUACAUAGGAGCAAUAUUAAGCAUUAUGGGUGAAUCACAUGGUUUCGUUCGAAAUUACAAAGAACUGAUUUAUUGGCAUAAAUUAACGCUCUUACAAAUAGUUUGUGCUAUUAUAUUUUUAUUAUCUUCGUUGGUGCAAUUACAAACUAAUUUUAUUUUAGCCAGUUUAAGAAAAUCUAACAAUAAAGUUGUCUUUAAUGGCUAUAAAGUACCACAUGGUGGUUUAUUUAAAUAUUUGUCUGCACCGUUGGAAUUUACAGAAAUUUUAAUUUAUUUAAUGUUAUCUGUUAUUCUUUGGCAAAGUAAUACAUUUCAUUACAUUACACUUUGGGUUGUACUAAACCAAAUAGAUUUUGCUGUAAUGACUCACAAAUGGUAUAAAAAAACUUUCCCAAAUUAUCCAAAGGAACGUAAAAUUUUGAUUCCAUAUUUAUUCUAGAUAUAAUUAUUAUCACUUUCCAUUUCUAAUAUUUAUAAUAUACUUAUUAACUUAGAUACUUUGCAGAAGAAAGAAAUUUAUUACUUUCUUUUUACUAGACUCAUGUAAACACACAGAUACGCCUUGAUUAUUGUUUCAUUCUACAAUUAUAUGAUUUUUGAAAUAACGUUGAAUAAUAAAUAUUUAUUUAAGUAAUAA